AUGGGCUGGUCAUAUUAUGAGAAGGAAAGACGACAGAUGGACACUAAAAACUCUGUGAUUGAUUCCUCACGACGCAAACGUCCUCGAGGGAGGCCGCCGACCAGAUCGGCUGACGUGUUCGUUGCACGGAUGGAUCAGCUGAAUUCUCAGCUGGUAAUGAGUAAUGGAACUGGACCUUGCGAACGUCGUCGCCGCAGUUUAAUAGCAAACUCGUGGAUGACGCUAGCGAGAGACAGAAACGGAUGGAAACAAUGCUGA